GUCAGGAUCCCGGAGCAGAUCAUCAUAGUAGAUAGCUCAAUGGUGGAGAAUGAGGUCAUCAAAAGCUUGGGGAAGGAUGGCAGCCUGGAGGAUGACGUGGAUGAAGAGGAUGACUUGGAUGAAGGCAUAGGGGGCAAGCGCCGGAGCAUGGAGGUGAAACCUGCGCAGGCCUCCCACACCAACUACCUGCUGAUGAGGGGCUACUACUCCCCCGGCAUCGUCAGCACCCGCAACCUCAAUCCCAAUGACAGCAUCAUGGUCAACUCCUGCCAGAUAAAGUUCCAGCUCUGCUGCAGCCCUGUGCCCACCCAGCUCAGGCCCGCUGGUUUAGGGUUGACUGUCAGAGGAAAUGACAUUCAGAUCCUGCUGACUGAGCAGAACCACUUUGAGCAAGAGAAGUUCCUAUGCCCCACAGCUCAAGGCUCCUUGGGAUCCACUCCAGGAUCCUAA